CUGCGCCAUGAACGUUGCAACUCGAACUUUUUCUUUUCACCGUUUCCGCCAUGCCUUUUGCCAGGUACGUGCAAACGGGGCGAAUCGCCUUGGUGAAUGAUGGUCCUCAUAAAGGCAAACUUGUGUCCAUCGUGGAUGUCAUUGAUCAAAACCGAGUUUUGGUUGAUGGACCACAAUCGAAAAUUCCAAGGGGAGAAAUGAAGUUAACCGAUCUUCAUUUAACUAAGUUUUGUCUAAAAUUCCCCUACACUGGAGGAACCCGGGUGGUUCGAAAAGCAUGGGAUGAAGCCAAGCUUGAUGAGCAAUGGAGUAAAACUAUGUGGGCCAGCAAAGUUGAAGCCAAGAAGAAGCGUUUGGCGAUGAGUGACUUUGAUCGAUUUAAAUUAAGGAAAGCUCGUCAAAUUAGAAAUAAAAUAAGAACGCAGGCAUUUUAUGCAUUGAAACGAGGUCUAAAAAAGGCAAGAAAAGCUAAACUAACAGCAAAAAAAUCUGAGAAAAAGAAAGAAACAACGUCGAAAAAAUAAAUUGAAAUAAAUAUUUCUAAGAGA